CGGCAUCCCAUUAAACUGCCUCAAGUUGACUGGCUUAUCCUUGACGAAAUCGGUGACUCAGUGUUCAGCUUGGCUCUCUGGUCGGGGCGUUUCGACUUGGCUCGACGCUUACUCGUUCUUGCCAAUGAAGCUGCAUCGUUAUCAACUGCUAGGAGUACUACAGUCAGACCCCUUCACCAGCUACAAGUCGACACACUGGCACGCCUCUCUUUGCCAGAAGGACCCUCUUUACUGCACAGAGCCAUCAGACUGCACAAUACUAUGGCCGUUGAUUUUCUGGUGAAGUCAGCACAAGCAAACGUCAAUUCCAUGUAA